ACUUUCCAUUUCCUGGACUGCUCUGGACACAGAAGUUGCAGAGACAGCACAGAGCAGUGCCCGGGGCUGGAGGACAGUUCCCAAGCUCUGCCGCUCGCCAGCACCCCAGCUGCCGGCAGCAACAUGGAAAACUGGAGGUCCCUCGUGUCCACGGUCCCGGCUCAGAAGCUGGACGAAUUCAUCCAGCAGCAGCUGAGGCCCUAUGAGAGCUGCGAGAAGCAGAUCGGGGAGACUGUGGGUGCCAUCUGCACCAUCCUGCUGGGAGACAGCGUCCCCCUGGUGCAGGACGUGGCCGUGGGUGGCUGCUACGGCAGGAAGACGAUCUUGAGAGGCGACUCCCACGGCACCCUCGUCCUCUUCCUCCAUGGCUUGAAACAGUUCCGGGAUUGGGCAAAACCCCAACAGGACAUCCUCCACAAGAUCAUGGACCAGCUGGAGGACACCCGGCGCAGGCAGAGGCUGCCACACCAGUGGGAGACCUCCAGGACUUCCAGCGGGGUCUCCAUCACCGUGUCCACGCGAUGGCAGAAGGUCAUCUUCGAGGUGCUGGUCGCCUUCGAUACCUUGGGUGUAAGCGAGAACCCCACCCCCUGGCUCUAUCGGGAACUCAUCAGAUCCAUGGAUGAGACAAAUGCCCCUGCGGGGAAGUUUGCUGUCUGCUUCACCAAACUCCAGAAGAAGUUUUUUGAUAAAUAUCCCCCCAAAGUGAAGGAUUUGAUCCUCUUGAUGAAGCGGUGGUGUCAACAGUGCCACAGGAAGUGGCCGCCCAGUGAGCCACUGCCCACCUAUGCUGUGGAGCUGCUGGCUGUGUACGCCUGGGAGCAGGGCUGCGGGGCUGAGGACUUUGACAUCGCGGAAGGCGUCAGGGCCAUCCUGGGGCUGAUCCUGCAGUGGCAGCAGCUGUGUGUCUACUGGACAGUCAACUACAGCCUGGAGGAUGAGACCGUCAGGAACAGGCUCCUGCACAAGCUCUGUUCCCAGAGACCGGUCAUCCUGGACCCAGUGGAUCUAACCCACAACGUGAGUGGAUGCCUCCCCCAGGCACACCUGCAGGUAGAAGCACGCAGCUGGCUGACUUCACUCAGCUCCACGCCAGCCUGGAAUGUUCUGGCAGCGCCUCUCUUCAUGACCCCAGGCCACUUGCUGGACAAGUUCAUCAAGGACUUUCUCCAGCCCAACAAGGACUUCCUGGAGCAGAUCAGGAAAGCUGUUGACAUCAUCUGCUCGUUCCUCAAAGAAAAUUGUUUUCGACAUUCAAUUACCAAAGUCCAAAGUACCGUCAAGGGAGGGUCCUCUGCCAAAGGCACAGCGCUGAAGACCGGCUCCGACGCCGACAUCGUCGUGUUCCUGAACUCACUGAACAGCUUCCCCUCCCAAAGAACCUAUCGGAGCGAGGUCAUCCAGGAAAUCCGCAAGCAGCUGGAGGCCUGCCAGCAGCAGAGGGAGUUCGAAGUGAAGUUUGAGAUUUCCAAAUGGACGGCUCCCAGGGUGCUGAGCUUCUCGCUGAAAUCCAAAGACCUCAGUGAAAGUGUGGACUUCGACGUGCUGCCUGCCUACAAUGCGCUGGGUCAAGGGAAGUGCACCCUUCGAGCCUAUGCAGAGCUCAUCAAUCUCUACGAAUCUUCAGACAUCGCUGGGGGAGAGUUCUCCACCUGUUUUACAGAGCUCCAGCGUGAUUUCAUUAUUUCUCGGCCCACCAAACUGAAGGACUUGAUUCGCCUGGUAAAACACUGGUAUAAACAGUGUGAAAGGAAAAUGAAGCCAAAGGGAUCGCUGCCCCCAAAAUACGCCCUGGAGCUGCUCACCAUCUAUGCCUGGGAGCAGGGCAGCGGGAUGAAUGAUUUUAACACAGCUGAAGGUUUCCGGACGGUCCUGGAGCUGGUCACAAAAUAUCAGCAGCUCUGCAUCUACUGGACCGUCAAUUACAACUUCGAAGAUGAGACAACAAGGAAGUUCCUGCUGACCCAGAUCCAGAGGACCAGGCCUGUGAUCUUGGAUCCAGCCGAACCCACUGGUGAUGUGGGUGGUGGAGACCGCUGGUGUUGGCAUCUUCUGGCAAAAGAAGCGAAGGAGUGGUUUUCCUCCCUCUGCUUCAGAGAUGGCAGGGGCAGCCCUAUCCAGCCGUGGAAAGUACCCACAAUCCAAGCCCCGGGAAGCUGUGGAGCUAGGAUCCAUCCAGUGGUCAGGGAGAUGCUGUCAGACAGAAGUCAUUUCCUGGGAUGGCAGUGCUAGAAGAAACAUCCGGACCGCGGCUGCCAACUGCUCCCAAAGAAUCCGUUCACAAAGGGGAGCCCGGCUCCAUCCCCCGCUGUUCCCGACUCCCGUUCCCUCGCUUCUCAGACCCUUCUGGAAGCCAAGACUGCAAAGCCCGCUGCGAGCCUCUGUUCUGUGGGAGACGCCCCGCGGAAGCAUCUGCUGUGCUCCAGCUCUGCGUGCACCCAUUUCUGCGCCCCGUUCUCUGUCUCUCCAGACACCCCGCCCUUUCCUUUAAGUCUUACAAAGGAACCCCGCCCCGCUGCCCCAAGGUCCCCAGCAAAGCCCUCACUCGGACGUUGGCGCCCACCACUCUGAACUUGUUCUCAGUAUCUUCCAUCUCCUCAGCCACCUGCGUCUUCUCUUCCCUUGUGUGUGCAAACGCUCCUCCCCCUGCCAAUGAGGAAGUACCCAGCCAGGACCCAGCCUUUAGGCCCCCAAAGGCUUGCGUGCCAAUGGUCGCUUCGCCUAGAUUAGCCUGCUCCCUGCCCCCACCCAGCAGGAUCUUCCUGCCGAACCUAAAGGCUUCUUCCUCGGCGGCCAUCUUCAAAGACACCUGAAGGUCUGCGUGCCUUUACCUCGUAAGCCCCCAGUAGGGCGUCAUUUCCACUGCUUCUAUAAGAGUAAAGAAUAUACCUGGCCUUUCUGCCCGGUUCCUAACACGGAGCCUUAAAACCCACGGCGUUUCCUGGCCAAAGUAUUUCUUAUCUUCAUAAUGAGCCCCUUUUGAUCAUCCCUACAGUGAAACUAACCAGGCAACUGUGUGGGUUCGGGGAGCAUUUCAAGGCAGGGACUUCAGUCCUGCCUGAAAUCUGCAGGGAGGAAAGGGAGGUUAGAUACUGCACUUGAUCUUAGCCAAAAGGCCGAGAAGCGAUAGAGAGGAGGUUAGGGACUGAGGUCAGUCAUGGCCAGUGAUUUAGUCAGUCGUGCUGGGAUGAUGAGGCCUCAAUUCCCCAAGUAAGAAAGAAAAUGAAAGAAAAGAAAGUGAGAGAAAGACUCUGGAUGAUGACUCUGGUUUGGGAACAUCCUGGUUGGUAAACUCUCCAGCAUCUCUUCAGGAAGGUAGCACAUCCCAUCUCCAUGGAGAUAGAAGCUCCUCAGGACUUUACGUAUCUCUUCCCCCAUGUGUUGCUCACUCAUACCCUUUCCAAUAAAAUGGUGAUUGUUAACACA